CGUCCAAAGCAAGUCUGGCAGUGCACUGCUGCACCAGGCCCCAGCCAGGUGGGGAAGCCUGAGGACAAACACACGCCAGCUCCAAACUUCCUGGCUGGGGAACCGUCAGAAGAUUUACCUGGGCUACUUUGGAGACCCACCAGCCUUCUCCCUGCAAAUAGGAAAUCUGCAUACCCCUGGGCAAAUCCGUCCGCGUGAGACAGUGAUCUCUCCGCACAGCUACAGAGCCACAGACUGCUUGAAUGCUGGUUGAGACAAUGGAGAAGUAUGAGCAAAUACUAACCAUAGGCAGGGGAUCAAGUGCUGAGGUCUUCCUGAUGAGGAACACAGAGACAAAGAAACUGUUUGCCGUGAAAAAAAUCAAGACAGAUCCAUCAAAGAAAAUGAGAACUAAAGAGGCAGUGCUUCAGGAGGUGACCAUCCAGGGGAAACUAAGGCACCCCCACAUUGUAACCUGCCAUGAGCACUUCUUUGAGGAGGAACAUAUGUUCAUCAUCCAGGAUUACUGUGAUGGUGGCUCCCUGGAUGACCACAUUAAGAUGAGGAAGGAGGGGUACUUUCCCGAGAACACAAUCAUGGAAUGGUUUGUGCAGCUAGCUAUGGCUGUUCAGUACAUCCACUCCAUGAAGAUCCUGCACCGAGAUAUCAAAACAUCCAAUGUGUUUCUCACUAAGAAAGGGAUGGUGAAACUGGGGGACUUUGGCAUUUCGAAGGUCAUGAACAGCACCCUGGACAUGGCAAGCACUUUUGUAGGCACACCCUAUUACUUGAGCCCAGAGCUCUGCGAGGAUGUGCCGUACAGCUCCAAGUCGGACAUCUGGGCACUGGGAUGUGUUCUCUUUGAAAUGUGUGCCUUAAAACCACCCUUUGAUGGAAUAAAUCUGGUCAGCUUGUUUUACAAGAUUGUGAAAGAUGAGUAUGCCGCUGUGCCAGAGUGCUAUUCUGAGCCCCUGCAUGGCUUGAUCCAAACCAUACUGGAGAAGUGCCCAGGAAAGAGACCCAGUGCCUGCAGUGUCCUCAACAUCCCUUAUGUCCAGCAACACCUCAAGCUUUUCCUUCUUCACCAAGAAUCCCAACUCUUCAAGCAGCAACAUCUGGCAAAGCUCCAUGAGGAGGACAACACAGAUCCCCUCCCACCCACAUCUCAAAGUAAGACACUGUUGGCUCACCAAGGGAGGGGAGCCUUAAGGCCAAAGUCAGCUCCACCGUAUGUCAGCACCCACAGUCCAGAGCUUUUUGAGCCAGAGGAGCUCUUCAGCACUCUAGACAGCAGCUCAGAUUACUCUGAAGACUUUGAGCAUGAAAGUGUGUCUUCCAUUGAGGAGAACUUAGAAGACGACAUACCCAUUCCACCUCUGAUCAAGGAGGUGCCAAGAGAGAUAAACCAGUGCAGCUCUCCUGACAGACUAUUACCCUCCAGCCCUCUGAGCACAGAUUUACAAGAGUGGAAGGAUGAAGCAGAGCUGACCGAUUACCCUGAUGAUUUCGAGGAGGUUGAGGAAACCAGCCUGGAGGAGGUGGUGAGCAAUGCUCGCUGUGCGAUCAAGGUGCCAGCUGACAAUGAGGCAUUCCAGGAGGAACAGGUGGAUCACCAAGGGCCUGCUGUUCUCUCCUCCACCCUGAAGACUUUGCGGGAGACAUGCAAAGGUGGGGUUGGACCUUCUCUGUAUGAUGAAAUCACAGGUCAGGCCCAGUUCACCCCUGAGGAUCUGCAGCCUCAUUUUGAACAUCGAAUGGGCCCUGACCACCUGGAGACCUGCUACCUGCUCCUCAGCUUGGACCAGGAAACAACUUAGUCCAGGCCUCUUCAUGGAAACAGCCUGAAGGACGAGAGUUUAGCUGAAGAUACAAAGUAGUGUGCUGCUGAGUGUUGUUCCAGAUUGGCAAAUAAGGUGGCCUGAUGGCCAAUGCUGAGUUUUCACUCCUUGCUUGGUACAUAAGAGCGGCCAUGCUGGGUCAAACCAAUGGUCCAUCUAGCCCAGUGCCCUGUCUUCCAACAGCUGCCAGUGCCAGGUGCUUCAGAGCAAAUGAACGGAACAGGCAAUCGAGUGAUCCAUCCCCUGUUAUCCACUCCCAGCUUCUGGCAGUCAGAGGUCUAGGGACACUCAGAGUAUGCGGUUGCAUCCCUGACCAUCUUGCUAAUAGCCAUUGAUGGUCUAUCCUCCACAAAUAGCAUCACAAUAAUAUAAAGCACUGAGCCUGCUGGAAUCCUGCUGCAGAGAUGGAGUGCAGAAGGAGGGUGCAGUGGCAUAGGGUAUGCAGUCACUACAGUACCACUUUCCAAUGCAAAACUAGGGUUUUUUUCUUUUCCAAACUACAUUUUCAUUUGCCCUUGGAUUAUUUUUUGGCCCAGGAGAUGGAGCUGUAGGAAGUAGCACAAUAUAAAUAAAGGUUUAUGACAUACAUUAGAAGGUUUGACAGCUCUGGGCGCUGACGUACAUGGUAUAAGCAGAAGGCUCACUCAGCAAUGUGAAAAUACAGACUCUUCAUUAAGUCUUGUUCACUUGCUAAUCCUGAAGUCUCUGAAAACUCCCCAGUCCCUGCCUAUCUUGUGCCACAGCCAAAUAACUAUUGACUUCCAAAUGCUGAUCCACAGACCCAGAAGCUCUAACUAAGCCUAGAGCUGUAACUGUAAUAGGUACCACUUCCCUGGAAGCCCAGUUUUGAUCUGGUCUACUACAUCCUGUUAUAGGACUUGUGUGAAGUGAGGGAAUAUGAGAGCUAGUCUUCCUUCUUUCUUAUCUUCAGACUAGAGUCCCGUUGACAGCUGAUCAACUAAUGCUUCUGUGAUUUCUAAGUCAAGCUGAAGUUCUGAACUGGCAAGAGUCUCAUAGGUAACACAUGCCAUCUGUGCCUUCAGAAUGUCUGCAGACACCUCUGCAUGGAUUGCCUCCCACAACCCAUAUUAAAAGGGGCAGGAUCAACUUGAAAACCACAUUUCUGUCUGAAAGUUGUGUACCAAAAAUUCCUAUUAAUGAAAGAGAUUAGAGGAAAUAUAUGUAGUAAUUCCAUUUUGACAGAACUCUCAUGCAUUCAUUAGGGAGGGGAACUCAUAGGCAGUGUUCCCCAGGCCUGGUGAUGGUGGAGCUCAUGGCUACGCUCAUCCCCAGACCCCACAAGUGGUUGUUUAUUGGUAACAGCAUCAGCACAGCUGAAAUGGGAGGCAUGUGUAGUGAGGAAGGGACAGGGGAAGUGUGGAGGUCAGAGGGUGCGCAUGGUUGUUGGUAUUGCUGCCAGGUAUGCCCAAGAGAUCCUUGUUAAGGAUUAGAAGGGAGCAGGAAAAGCCUUAUAAAACAAAAUAUGAAAGAAGCAUUGCCAAUCCUAAGUGUUCAAACAUCGUGAGUCAGGCCCAAAAAAUCAUGAGCAUUUAAAAAACAACUUCAGAGUCUUAUUUGCCUUUAGAGUUCACAUUUGCAAACCCAGACACUUACCUUUUAAUGAAAGCUAAGAUUCUCACAUAAUGUCCCAACUCCAAGACCUGGGGCGGAGGGGUAGGGAGGAUGUAAAAAUAUCCAUCAAAUAUCACAGGAGUUGAAAACACUGUAAAAAGGAAUUUUUGAAAAACGUCCUGUCCAUGCUAUUUAAAGGGUGCUCUGUCAGAAAUCUGAAUGUUUUAAAACAACUUGACAAUGUCCCUUUAAAUCUGAGAUGGCUUUGAACAGCUAUGACCAUGGGCACACACAGUUACUGCACUUAACAUAAAAAUAAAGCUAAAACUCAGACUGAGUUGCUGAUUAAUAAUAACUGCAUCAGUGCCCACUUCACCUAAACAAACUCUCAGUCAUCUGCAUUACAGUGACAGUUCUGCUCUAUUUCCUCUGCAACUCUCAAUGGAGAAGAAACACCAAUGCUUUCAGUAUACUUAUUUCUUCCUACUCCAUUCAGCUUUUGCAGUAUUGCUGUAAUCAUGUUGCUCCCAGAA